AUGGAUGAGAAUUACACUGAGAAAACCGGUACCGAUCGCAGGGAAACCCACUUAGACAGAUGCAGUAACCUGACCGAGAAGGAGCUCCCAACUGACCUCCAUACCUUGGCUUUAAGGCAGUGCACGAUAAAUAAGCUUGCAGCGAUAGAUUUCGAUGAGGUUACCAAUCUCAGUGUUCUGCAGUUGCGAGCCGGAACCAUUUAUAAAUUGAGAAGAAAGCAGUUUGCCAAGUUGCCUCAUUUGAAGAUACUCGAGCUGCAGGAUAACUACAUAAGAGAUAUUUCCUUUGACACUUUCGUAGGACUCUCUCAACUAUGGAUGCUAGCUUUAAACCAAAACCAAUUGGACCUUUUGAAUGGAAGUGUGUUUAGUCCUCUGCCGGAGCUGCGACAUCUGGACUUAAGUGCAAAUAAUUUAAUAGGUCUGGCGACAACAAUGUUUUCUGGCAAUCCAAAGCUGGAGGUGUUACUACUCAGGGGUAAUCCCUUUCUCGUGCUGUGGCUUUCAACUUUUAUCGUUCUGAAGAAUCUCGUUCUCCUGGAUUUGCGUAGUUCUGGCAGAUACACGACCUUGGAGCUCUUCAGUGCCCAGACAAUAAUCUUGAAUAAUAACAAACUAACUAAACUGGAGGUUUUGGAUGAAGUUAGCAAAUUGCAGGCACCACACAAUAAGCUGGAGUAUGUACGACUGGAAAAGAAGGCCACUGUCACGGAGCUGGAUCUACAUGACAAUAGUCUGGAUACCUAUGACAUUUCCGAACUGGUUAUGGGCAUGUGGAGACUUCAAGUCCUUGAUUUUUCUCAAAACCUCGUCACGGAGUUGCCAGUUUCCCGGUCUCACUAUUCCGAUGGGGUCUUUCUUCUGCCUAAUCUAAAGUUUGUGAACCUGUCCCACAAUCGACUGGAGCAUCUGCACCAGGACUCACCACUGCUGUCCUCUGGUCUCACCCACUUGGACGUGUCCUACAACAGGAUACAUGGCAUAGAGGCGCAUACCUUUGGCGUGGUGGAAAAUCUUCAGUAUCUGUAUCUGCAGGGCAACCUAAUCAGUCACUUUCGAGCGGAUCGCUUUUGCAAUCACCACCGAGGCCUCAAGGAGGUAGCCCUCUAUGAUAACCCUAUCGGAUACGACAGUUUUUGCAAGAUCACAAGGUACUUUGAGGAGACUGGUGUUCAUGUUUUAGAACAGAAUUCCCUGGAGCCUCAUUGCGAGCAUGAACCUUUGAAAAAUCCUAUCGAGCAGGCUGCAAUUUCCGAUACUGGAGCACAUCAAGUUACGCAAGAGAUUCCCACAUCUCUGAAAUGGACCACAUGGAAUACCCUGAUCCUUUUGGGUCUUCUGAUAUCCCUAACCCUUGAUGUUUACCUUAUUCUGCAACUUUGGCGUUCUCGAACUCAGAGGCAUUCGCGGAGAAGUCAAUCCUUAAGAGUUAUAGCCAAGUUUAUAAGAUCUGAAAGAUCUGAAGUAUUAAUUUAA